AUGUCACUAGGAAACCUGACUUCAGGUGCUGACCUGUACGAGGCUUCCGUGAACCUUUCGCUCGGUGACCGGAUCAUCCUUGGAACCAUUCUCCUGUUUACCACGUGCUGUAGCGCAGUAGGCAAUGUGUUCACAUGUGUAAUCGUGUACCGGAAACGACCGAUGCGGUCCGCCAUAAAUCUGCUCCUUACGAAUAUCGCGUGCGCCGACCUUCUCCUUGCGCUCACACUGAUGCCGUUCACGUUGUACCAACUGGCCGCUCCUUCAAGUGACGUCGCCCUAAACGUAUGCAUCUGUCUGUCAGUGGUCAAGGACAGUGCGGUGUCUGUGGCCGCGUGCACGUUGCUCGUAAUCAGCAUGGACCGCUUUUUAAUAAUCGUCUUCCGGCGGGACCGACUCAGUGUUUUAGUCGCCAAGUGCUGUAUGGCGGUCAUUUGGGCGUUGUCGGUGUCACUCGCAUCUGUGCAGUUUCUAAGUAACGUUGAAGGAUUUGUGGUUCAUGACGAUUUUCUUUGCAAAGACAACAGAGGGUAUUCCAAGAGUUCACUAGCCUACACUACAAGUUUGGUGACGUUAACGUUUUUUCUGCCCAUGGUGGUCAUGUUUUAUCUUUACGCGACAAUCUUACGAACGGUUCAGUUGACAUCUAAAAAGAUUCACAAUCAUUCUGGAAGUACAGUUAACGUUUCUGUGACACAGUACAGCAGCCAACUCGGACUUCCGCCAGUGGCGCACCCAUACCGCGUCAACGGCGAUUUUGACGCAAAGCGACGAGCAUUCGGAACAAUUAUCAUCCUGUAUGUGACGUCACUUAUGUGCUGGUUGCCGUACAUGGCAAAACGAAUCUCAAUCAACAACAACAACAACGACGAAUCACAAAGUGAUCCUGUGAAUGUGUUCUUUUUGAUUAUUGGUUGUCUCAAAAGCGCCCUCUACCCUGUGUUUUAUUGUGCACGUAAUCGGAGAUUCAGGCGAGCGUGUUCUGGGGUCCUACCUUCCAAACCUCGAUUGCCCAAACGAACAUUCAGAAUAAAGUCUCGGAGAGUGAACCCCAAAGUGAUAUACGAGAUGUCAGAAAUAGAAACAAGAACUUGA